AGGUAAGAAGGCGAGGAGAAGAUGUCAACCAUUUAUAUUAUUAAACGAGAUCCUGACCUUCUAGCUUCACGCGCCACCACUUACGCAUCUCUUCGCUUUUUAACGUUCUUAAUUGUUCACUACCCACCCACCUCCUAUAUAUAUAUAUAUAUAGUAAUAUGCUCCACCCCCUUAAUUAAUCUCCUUCAGUAAUCUCAAAGAAACCCAACCAUCACACCUAAGAACAAGAAGAGGAGGAGGAGGAAUUUACGAGUGAUUACAAAAUGCAAGAAGAUAGUUGGGAACUGUCGGUUUGUCCCAGCUUCAACAGCUACUCUUCCGAUAAGCUCGCCGAAGUAGCCGCUAAAGUUGUUGACGGUGAGGAUGGGCGUCAUCGGGGGGAGGAGCUCGACGACGAAUUCGAGUUUGUUUCCGUUUCUAGAGCCGCCGAUGAAUUGGUGGUGGUCGAUGGCCAGAUCGGCCCGCUUUUCCCGGUAUUCCCGGUAUUCAAUCGCGACCUACUAAGUACUAGUCGGUUACAAGGUGCCGGCGAUGAUCGCGAGGGGCGGUCUCUUCGGGUUCCGCUGAAGAAGUUGUUUGUGGAGGAACGCGAUCCCACGACGUCGUUUUCGUCUUCGUCUUCGGAUGGGGAGGGGGAGGGCGACCUGGAGGGUGUCCCGCCGGGAACGUAUUGUGUGUGGACCCCGAAUAACAAUAACUCGGCCAAAGCCUCACCCAGCCGAUGCAAGAAGAGCAAUUCCACCGGAACUAAAACCACUGGAUCAUCAUCAUCGUCGAAACGCUGGAGGCUGUCGAGCUUCCUUCGGAGGAGCAACAGCGAGGGCAAGGAUUCGUUUGUGUUCUUGACGCCCAAGAAGGAAGAGAUCAGACCCGAGAAGGCUGUAGUUAAUAAUCGUGAGUUGGGCUCGAAGGCAACGAAGGUGAAAACGGUGUCGUCCGCGCACGAGGCGUACUACGCGAGGAACAGAGCGAUGAAGGAGGGGGACAAGAGGCGGACAUAUUUGCCCUACCGGCAGGACCUGGUCGGGUUCUGGGCUAACGUCGGUGCGCUCGGCAAGACCUUCCCUCCUUUCUGAGGUUUCUCGGAUCCUGAUCAGUUUUGUUUUACUCCUUU